GGAUCUACCGCACAGAAAAAGACAAAGGCACCUUGUAUGAGCUGACUUUCAAAGGAGACACAAAACACCAGUUUAAGAAGAUUGUUUUAUUCCGGCCAUUCGGUCCUGUAAUGAAAGUGAAAAAUGAAAAUGUCAAUAUGGCUGACACGCUUAUUAAUGUCAUUGUGCCAUUGGCCAAGAGAGCCAGCAAAUUUCGGCAAUUCAUGCAGAAUUUCAGGGAAAUGGGCAUACAGCAGGAUGGGAGAAUUCACCUCACUGUAGUUUACUUUGGAAAAGAACAAAUGAAUGAAGUCAAAUCGAUACUUGAAAAUACCUCCAAGUCAGCCAACUUCAAGAACUUCACCUUCAUCCAAUUGAAUGAAGAAUUUUCCAGGGGCAAAGGAUUAGAUGUUGGUGCUCGAUUUUGGAAAGGAAACAAUGUUGUUCUCUUUUUUUGCGAUGUGGACAUAUACUUCACAGCUGAAUUCCUCAACUCCUGUAGAUUGAACACACAGCCAGGGAAGAAGGUGUUUUAUCCUGUUCUCUUCAGCCAGUAUAACCCCAGUAUAAUUUAUGGCCACCAUGAUUCCAUCCCAUCUUUAGAACAGCAGCUGAUUAUUAAAAAAGAAACUGGAUUUUGGAGAGACUUUGGUUUUGGGAUGACGUGCCAGUACAGAUCUGAUUUUAUCAACAUAGGUGGCUUUGAUCUGGACAUUAAAGGCUGGGGUGGUGAAGAUGUACAUCUGUACCGCAAAUACCUUCACAGCAACCUCAUCGUGAUCCGAACGCCUGUCAGGGGUCUCUUCCAUCUGUGGCAUGAAAAGCAAUGUCUGGACGAGCUGACCCCAGAGCAGUAUAAAAUGUGCAUGCAGUCCAAGGCCAUGAAUGAGGCUUCUCAUGGCCAGCUUGGGAUGCUUGUUUUCAAGCAAGAGAUUGAGACACACCUGCACAGACAGAAACUGAGCAGUAAGAAGACAUGA